UUUGGUUUUUGUGCUGUGCCGCAAUUGAGGAGGCUUCUCUUCUCUCACUCUCAUUCCUUAUUAGUUUUGCACUUUGCACUUUUCAGUCCCUACCAGCUUCCAACUGUGACUUCUUCAACUAGUACCAUUUCUUUCCAACAUGUCAUUCCCUUCAACUUCAAACCCUUGCUUCUUUUCAUUCCUUUCGUCUCUCUAAACUGAAACAUGUUACUAAGAACCUCCACAGUACCAAUUCCAAGCUCAUGGCUGCCCCAUUCCUCUGAGUCACAACCGCUUCUCCACCUUCCUAUAACACUUUCAACUCCUAUAAAAAACAUGCUUGAUACAGACACAGACCCUCAUAAUCAUACCCCGCCAAAGCCUGAGAAGAAAACUUCCAUGUCAAGAAGUAAUGUCCUUAAGAACCAUCGGAGCAUCAAGAUGAAAGAAAGUGAUCAAGUGGAAGAAGCAAAGCAAAAAAUUUACAAGAAGAAACUAACACCACCUUCAGUUCGAAAACUGUUUUCAAGUUCUGGUUUAGAUAUGCAUGAAGGUAGCAGGUUGCAGACUUUAGUGAUGGGUGGUGGGAUGGGGAGUGGUGGUGGCAGGAUUUGUGGUGGUGGAAGAGGCUCACAUGGUAGGGAUGGGACAGAUGCUUAUUACCAGAACAUGAUUCAAGCAAACCCCAAUAAUGCUCUUUUGCUUGGAAAUUAUGCUAAGUUUCUGAAGGAGGUUCGUGGAGAUUAUCCUAAAGCAGAGGAGUAUCUUGAAAGAGCUAUUUUGGCUAAUCCUGGCGAUGCUAAUGUUUUGUCCCUCUACGCGGAUUUAAUAUGGCAAACAGAGAAGAAUGCUGAUCGAGCUGAGGGUUAUUUUGAUCAAGCUGUUAAAACUGCACCGGAUGAUUGCUAUGUCUUGGCUUCUUAUGCAAAAUUCCUCUGGGAUGUUGAAGAAGAUGAAGAUAAAGACUGCCAACAUAAGACUGAUCACGGCCAUGCAUAUCCACCUGAUCUCUUUCAAGAAACUGAAGACCGCCCUCAUGUUACUGCAGUCUUUCAAUUCUACCACUCUGAGUGAACUUGGAUAUAUAUCUUACAAGACAAAUGAACCAUAUAGUCUCAAACAAUAAUGCGUGCCCAUUUUUCACCUCUUGGAAGUGGCUACUAUAUAGAGGGUUGAGUAAAGUAGAGAUGACUAUCUAGCUGUAAAUAGCUUAUGGCAUAAAUAAGAGAAACCUGUAUGUAUUCUGUUUGUUAUAUACUAGUGAGGCUUCCACUGCUGUAUCUUCUGAGAAUAUGGAAUUUUGAUAGAAAUUAAGGAGUAGAGAACAACCCUUUUAAUCUUUUAUGGUUUUAUCAUGUUGUUAACAGUUUAACUCUUUAUCCUGAACUAGAAUUCUUAAAAAGAGUAAUCACCCAAUUGCUGUUAUUAUUCAUUCA